AUGGAAAAUUCAUGGGAAAUUCCCUUUAUUGCUACAGUUUGUACCAUGAUUCUCCUAUUCAGUUACUAUAGGAUACUCAAAAAUUUCUGCUGUGCAUUUCACGGUGUGACCUCUAGAAACCGAGUUGGAAGGCAGCCUCUUAACGGGGCCAAUCCUGAUGAUCCUUCCCUACAGUUUCACAGCCAGGGACUAGGAUCUUCCAUCAUCAAUUCUCUUCCCAUGUCUCAGUUCAAGAAGAAUAAUGAAGGAGAACACAGCCAAGGCAAUACAGACUGCGGGGUUUGCUUGGGUGAGUUUGAAGAAGGGCAGUGGCUAAAACGCCUACCCAACUGCAGCCAUGCCUUCCAUGUUGCUUGCAUAGACACUUGGUUUCAGUCUCACUCAAAUUGUCCCCUCUGCAGAUCAACUGUUUAUGAUCUCACUAUCCACACCAUCGACACUGACGCCGAAAAUCCCGUUUCUGUGAACACAAUGCUGGAACCUCUAAGCAGGGAAGACUUUAUCCAAGAAAGGACAACACAUUACCAGAUGUUACGUUCCUUAAUCCUACCAAACUCACGACUGAGACAUGAAUCAACUAAUGCCAGUUGA